AUGGGGUGGGCCGACUGGUUCGUUGUGGGUUUCUGGGUUCUCGCCGGCGCCGCCUACUGCGGGUGGUGGCGCUGGGCGCGGUGGGGGAACAGGACCCAGAAGAAGGCGGCGGCGGGGGGCGGCGCCGCCGGUGUCGCCGGCAGCGGUGGCGCCGCCGGUGGUGAGGAAGAGAGGAGGAGGAUUCCGAGAGGGAGCAAGGGAUGGCCGCUCAUCGGCGAGACUCUCGAGUUCAUCGCCUGCGGCUACUCCUCACGCCCUGUCAGCUUCAUGGAGAAGCGCCGCGACCUGUAAGUCCUCCCUCUCUCUCUCACUUCCUCUCUCUUUCUUCCUCAAUCUGUCUGCGUAUCUCUCUCGCUUCCACAUUGUCUACAUCUCUCUCUUUCUUCCUCAGUCUGUCUGCGUAUCUCUCUCUUCCUUCCUCAAUCUGUCUGCGUAUCUCUCUCUUCCUUCCUCAAUCUGUCUGCGUAUAUCUAUCUCUCUUUCUUCCUCAAUAUGUCUGCGUAUCUCUCUCGGUUCCACAUUGUCUACAUCUCUCUCUUUCUUCCUCAAUCUGUCUGCCUAUCUCUCUCUUCCACAUUCUGUCUAUAUAUCUCCUUCUCUCUCUUAUCAUCAGCUACAAUCAUUUCCCUGUCUCGGUUCUCAAUUCCUCUUCGCGUCAGAAGUCCAUGCAAGCUUCCAUCACCGAUCACUCUCUAUCUCCUCUCCUGAUCGCUGGAAAACUCACGUGGCCACGUUGACCCUCUUCCCAAUUCCUCUCUCUCUAUCUAUCUAUCUCUCUCUUUACCCCCCCUUCUCUCUCUCUCUCCUCACGGUGUCCGGAAAACUCGCAUCUUUACGUUGACCCGUUGGUUGCCCCAGAGCACUGCCAUCCAAAAUCCUCUCUCUCUCUCUCUUCCACUGACUUCUUUCUCUCUCUUUCCUGUUCUGUCUGGAUUCUCUGUGAUUUCGACCAGUUAUUUAUUUCCACGCCCCGAAAUCUACGUACGAAUUUCGCAAGUACACGUCACGACGGCACUCAUGGCAGAAGAUCUAGUCAUCUUCUGACGCGGCCGCCACGUGGCCCGUCCUAGGCGCUGGGGCCCCCCGCAGUCCUUGGCUGCCACGUGGCAGACUCUCCCACCUAUUUUGCAUGGUACCAUCCUCACUAACUGGCCACGAGGCGCUGUGCACGGCGCAGGUACGGGAAGGUGUUCCGGACGCACAUUCUGGGGAAGGAGGUAGCGGUGUCAACGGACGCGGAGGUCAACCGGGCGGUACUGCGUAGCGAGGGCUUCGUACCGUGCUACCCGCGAUCGGUGACGGAGCUGCUUGGAAAAGACUCCAUCUUGAAGGCGGAGGGGGCGCUCCACCGCCGAGUCCACGGGCUCAUCAGCGGCUUCCUCAAGUCCCCCGCCGCCAAGGCCGCCGCCGCCGCUGAAGUUGAGCGCUCCGUCCUCCAGUCCCUCUCCGAUUGGCCGGAAAAGGGCCCCGUCUUCGUCCAGGAAGAGACCCAGAAGGUACGUCUCUCUCUCUCUCUCUCUCUCUAUCUAUCUAUCUAUCUAUUUAUCUAUCUCGUUUGGUCGUAAGCUCUCGCUCUACGCUUUUGGGUCAUCGAUCUGUUUUUCUGUCGUAGGUGGCUCUCUCUCUCGCUCUCUCGCUCAACGUCCUAUUUAUCGAUCAGUCUGUCAUUCUAUCAUCUGCGCCUGUCUUUCUAUCAUCCGAACCUUGAGUAUUGCUCAGAUCUCGGAGCCUCUUCUCACUUCACUCUCUCUCUCUCCCCUCUUACUUCAAAGGAAACCUCUUUCUUAAGAACCGACGGCGAUUCGUGUCUCACCACUCUCCCUUCUCUCUCUCUCUCUCUCACUCUCUCGAACUGACCAUACGGGCGGCCCUUUCUCUCACUUAUUCAAUGAAGACGGGGUUUUUAAGGGGCCCUCGACAGGCCUCGUCGCCUUGAUGAAGACGUCGCUAUUUAAUGAACUCACUCGGCAUUUACCGUUGCACCCGUCACACCAUGAACCGGUCCUGUAGUAGUAGGGGUUCUCUCUCUCUCUCGCUGAGAUGUGUAUUACCAAGCGGCGGAGGAGCUCUCUGCCCCCCCAUCCGUUGAACCACGACAGGCCCGAUCUGGUUUUCGAUCGAGCUGAUUGAUUGUCGGGCAAUGAUCUUCUGGUUUUGAUUUCAAUCUCGGUUUGGUGAGGUACACGUGAGACAGAGAGAGAGAGAGAUGGAGCUGGGAUUCCGAGGAAGCAUAGAGCUUUAGAUAACCCACAGUCCAGAAAGAUGAUUAACCCUAUCCCUCGGGACAAUGAUUACUCUAUAUAUUCAGAGCCAGCUGAUGUAGAGAGAGAGAGAGAGAGAGAGUUACAGUGAAGGGGGCGAUAGCGAGGGAGAUGGAUAUGGUGGUGGGAGCUACAGUGAGAGAAAGAGUGGUAGCAAAGGAAAUAUGAGGAAGUAGAGAGAGAGAGAGAGAGAGAGAGAGAGAGAGAGAGAGAGAGAGAGACUGUAUGAGCUGUAGGGGUCCCCGUAGAGGGUGACCCUACUUGGGAGGGUCCCCGUGCGCAUGUGGGAGGGGGCUUGGCUUGAUGCAUCGACAAAUCCCGCAGCGGACGGGGGACCAGUGAGACGGCCAAAUUCUGGGAGACGGUAAGCAGCGGCUUACUCACUCACCGCUGGCGAGUGGUCGCCGUUCUCAUAGGCCCUCUCGCGGGGGGCCCUCCACCCGGAUAGAAAAUUUAAAGCGUCCGUGGUGUUGCUCGCUAUGGCCAACUGGGUCUUUUAUAUCCGAUGUCGCGCGCACGCCCACAUUGAUUUGAGUUGGCAGCGACAAAAUUCUGCUGUUUUCUACCAACUCGUUGAGAUUGUUUGAGCCAAGUGGGUCUUCCUGCGAAGAAUCCAUGUCGGCUGGGCCUAGGGAGGAUCAACCUCUCUUCUUAGAUGAGGAUUAAACGUGGCAGUUGAGGACAAAUUCAAGUGAAGACAGGCCAUGCAAGAGGCGAAGGGUAGAGAGAGAGAGAGAGAGGACAAUAACAGGUCUCUGGAGAGAACUGUAUGGUUCAUCGUUCUGUAUAUGUAUCGGUGCUCAUAGUGGUGAAAGAUUUAGAAUCCUCUCGAGUUUAAUGAUGAAAAUGAAGGUUUUGCAUCGUACUAUUGAAAAAAGAGGAGAUCAAUUUGGGAAUGUCGUUGAGAACUCGUUUUCGGAAACCGUAGUUCUCUGGUCUGGGCCUAUGUUCGCUCCAAACCCAAUCGUCCGGAAAUCCGGAUCGUCUGUCAUCAACACAGACGCUCUGUAUGUCUUUUUUGGGCUCUCUAUCUCUAUAUUUUCUUGGCUCUAGGACUUCAUCCUGUUCUUCUCCUGCGCGGCCCUCCUUCCCACUCAUUUCCUAAUAAAGACACGCUGACAUGAAGUGUGGGUAAGCAACGCAGUGGAGAUCGGCUUAUGCCUACUCCUAGCCUCCUGGUCGAACUUCGGCAGUCAAUGGCAUCUCUCUAUAGAAACAUGAACGAAUUUAAGUGGUGACUCCGCUUUAUUUAUAAUACGUUGAUUCCUAUAAUCAGAUCUGAUUUCAGCUAAAAGCAUGCCCGUUCCCUGGUGAUGUUUUAUUGACUAACUUCCCUCAACCAGAGUUAUAAUAUCCGUUUUUCAUUCCUCAUUAGUGGAUAAUUUCCUUUCCCCAUCAUCAGGUUAAGUUUUAUAAUUAUUGUGUUAAUGAGGUGAGAGUUGCACAUGUUCUACCUUCAAGUCUUUAUGGGGGUUCCCUCACGUAAGAUGUAAUGCAGUCUUUAAGCUCCAUAGAAUCAUAUACUGUUCCAAUCAUUUGUUCCAAUCAUUUUAGUAAAAGGUGCUUUAGAUGCACGUGGUUCUAAGUUAAUGCCGGAUAAAAAGGAUUUAUAUUUAUUUAUUUAUUUAUUUAUUUAUUUAUCGAUAACUUUUUGCCCAUAUGUGCCUUGAUUCGUAUGGUGCCAAAUCUCCAGAUUACAUUCGUACCGUUGGUUAAGGUUUUGAUGGGCAUGGGGCCUGGAGAAGAUCUGAACUUCAUGAAGGAGCAGUUCCAUGAGUUCAUUCAAGGUCUUAUCUGUCUGCCCAUUAAGCUGCCUGGAACAAGGCUAUUCAAGUCUCUAAAGGUACUGCCCAAAAGAUCAAAACCAUGCUUUUUACGUGACAUUCUUAAUUGUUGACUGAUGAUGAAGAUAGCCAUCUUACUUUGAAACUAGUUUCUCAGUAAUUUACUUCUCCAGCGCACCCAAAUAAUCUUUCAUGAGUUGUUUUGCAUAAUCCAGAUUUAUUUUGAACUCAUGAGUUGUUCAUUGGGAUUCGAUUUUUUUUUUUCUAUUAGAUUCCCACCUUCAGGUUAUUUUAUACUAUACGUCUGUGAGUCAUUUUUAUUGAUAGAAAUCAACUGAUAUUAAUCCAGCAUCAUGCCAAAUAUUUUUGUUGGCGAUCACACUUUAUGAAAUAUUCUCACUGGUCCAAGCAAGUGUUCUCUUCUCGGUAACAUUCAUGCUCUCAGACAGCACUUUUACUGGCCAAUGCUGAACUUUUCAGUAGUUCUUUGCCUUGUCUAGAUGUCUUUUAUCUACUUGAGUGAUGUUUUUUAUCAUUUUUUGCUGUCAAUCAAAAAUUUUCCCCCAUAUUCAGGCGAAGGAGAAAGUUAAGAACAUAAUAGAUAAGAUUGUUGAAGACAAGAUUCAAGCAGGGGAGCCAAGCAUGGCCAAUGAUGUGGUUGAUGUAUUAAUUAAUGAAAUCGUCACAAAUUAUCUGCCAGAGAUGCCCAUCAGUUUGAUAUCCUCGAUCAUCACAGAGCUGAUGGUACCUGGGGAGCACUCGGUGCCCAUGGUGAUGACACUGGCAGUGAAAUACUUGACUGACACCCCCCUGGCAUUAAAGCAACUAAGGGUAUGUAAAAUGCUUCAUUCUGAUGGAUUUUGAUUUUUCGUCUGAAUUGGCUUUAUAUUUGCCAUUUAAAUAUGUCCUUUUUUAUCACUCAGUAGCAUAGCCAUCUUUUCUGGAUCAUCUCCUAGUAAUCAGAUUAUUAAGAAAACUAUACUCUUCAUCAUCAAUGAUAAACCAUGGAUCCGCGUGUUAUUAGUAGUAAGAUAAUUAAACUUACAUCAUCAAAUAUUUUUAAUUUUAUUCAUGCUUUGUAAAAUAUUUUCGGUUUGCCCAAGUAAGCGCUCUCUCGUCAAUAGCAUAAAUGCUCUUAUAAAAUGUGCAGGCUAAUUCAACUCAGAGUCGUCUAAUGGAUGAGUGAAUUGAAGCCUGUGAAUUCAUUAAGCGGAUCACCAAGCGUGAAUUUAUUUAAUUUUUUCCAUUUAAUGAAACUGUGAUCUGACGAAGCUAAUUACUUGCAGGAGGAGAAUUUGACUUUGAGAAGGGAAAAAGUCAAUAGCGGCAAACCAUAUGCUUGGGAUGAUUACAUGUCCUUGACUUUUACUCAUCAUGUGAGCAAUUUGUAAUUACAUUCACAUGCUCUUUCUCGUGAUUAUGAACGAUUACUGUAUGUAAUUUUUCUUAGUGAAAAUUGUGAUUCUUUUGUGCCGUUUCAGGUGAUCAAUGAAACCCUUCGGAUGGGAAACAUAGUCAAUGCCGUCUGGAGGAGGGCCAUAAGGGACAUAGAUGUGAAGGGUAUUCAUCACAUUGAACAUGAUACUCUGCCUCAAUACUCAUAAAAAAACACAGUUAUAUUGAAUCAAGCUCCAUUCGGUUAGGAUGGGUAUUCACCAUUAGCUAAUAUCCUGUAAUUUACUGCGGUAGAAAGCUUUUACCUUUGAUUGUGUAGUUUUUUUUCUCAUGUAUGCAUUUGGCACCGUUAUCCGUAACUGGAUUUCACCAUUCUCUCAUGAUAUCAUGAUAUAAAAAUGACGUCCAAAGUUAGAUCCUAUGGUGUGUAGUCUCAUUUUCUGAGUUAUAUCCCUUAGUAUUGAUGUGGAACGCACCAUAAAACAGUAACGUGGUAAUUUCCAUGGAUGAUUUAAUAAUAUUAUGAACUCAACGCACCGUUGAGAAAAAUUAUAUUUCUUCUGGGUCCAUUAUAUUUUUCCUCAAUUUGGAAUACUUAAUUCGCACUGAAAUCAUUGCGCCAUGGAAUCUGAGACAGAGAAGGGUUCAUAGACAUUUAACUGCGAAAGCAUUUGUUAUGGUCCAUGCAUGCAGGCUAUCUGAUUCCAAAAGACUGGUGCAUAUUGGCGUCGUUCAGUUCAGUGCAUUUCGACGAUGAGAAUUAUUCAAACCCAAAUGAGUUCAAUCCGUGGAGAUGGGAGGUGAGCAAUAAAAAUUUAUGACAUUUCAUACUACCCUGAUGGAAAGAAUUUCUGGAUCUUGGCCAAUGUUGGUUCUAAGACUACCCGCGUGAUUAUUUCUCCAUAUUUGUUGUUCAUAGGCGGAUGGGAUCUGCGUGAGCAAGUUCACACCUUUCGGCGGAGGGCGGAGGCUUUGCCCUGGGCAAGAGGUUUCCAGGCUUGAGAUUUCCAUCUUCCUUCAUCAUUUAGUUACCAAGUACAGGUAUGUUCUCAGUGCCGCCUCCCAUCAGCUCUCUUCGGCCCCUGAAACUCUUAAAAUCUCUGCAGCUGGGUGGCCGAGGAAGAUACCAUUGUGAGCUUCCCCAUCGUGAAGAUGAAGAGGAAGAUGCCCAUCAGGGUCUCACCAGUUUCUGUCUGA